CCCGCCAUGGCCGCCUCCUGACGCCGGGGUUAGGAGGCUGUAGAAUCCUUGGCUCGUGGCUCAUGGGCCUCCUCCGAGGCUGGCCCCCGUGCGCUCGGGCCAUGGCGCGCCUGGGCGCUGUCCGGUCUCACUACUGCGCGUUGCUGCUGGCUGCCGCGCUUGCGGUCUUUGCCUUCUAUUACCUAGGCUCGGGCCGCGAGACCUUCUCCAGCGCCACCAAGAGGCUGAAGGAGUCCCGCGCUGGUGUCCCCUCCGCGCCCUCGUCGCCCGCGCCGGAGGUGGCGCGGGGCUCCGUGGCGCCGGGCCCGGCCUCGGGCCCGGGCCCAAAGGCCAAGAGCCUGGAGGGUGGCGGGGUCGGGCCGGUGGACUACCACCUGCUGAUGAUGUUCACCAAGGCGGAGCACAAUGCCGCGCUUCAGGCUAAGGCCCGCGUCGCGCUGCGCUCGCUGCUGCGUCUUGCCAAGUUCGAGGCGCACGAAGUGCUUAACCUGCAUUUCGUGAGCGAGGAGGCCAGCCGCGAGGUGGCCAAAGCCCUGCUGCGGGAGCUGCUGCCACCCGCCGCCGGCUUCAAGUGCAAGGUCAUCUUCCACGAUGUUGCUGCGCUGACGGACAAGCUCUUCCCUGUGGUGGAGGCCAUGCAGAAACACUUCAGUGCUGGCUCAGGGACCUACUACAGUGAUGCCAUCUUCUUCCUCUCAGUUGCCAUGCAUCAGAUCAUGCCCAAAGAGAUACAGCAGAUCAUUCAACUGGACCUCGAUCUAAAGUACAAGACCAACAUCCGGGAGUUGUUUGAAGAGUUUGAUAAUUUCCUGCCAGGUGCCAUCAUUGGCAUAGCCAGAGAGAUGCAGCCAGUGUACAGGACAAGUGCUCUGGAUCUGGAGAAUGGCCCUGCAGCGGGUGCCCUGGGCCGGGCUCUGUUUGAUUUCCACCAGGCCUUACAUGUCACCACACAGAUCCUGUCCUGCCAUUGGUUGGAGUAUCCCUGCAAGAGGCAGAGGGGUGUUUGCAGACUGGGGAGCAGGCACACAUUCUGGCAGUUCCGCCAUGAGAACCCCACGACCAGGGUGGGGGGCCCUCCCCCCGAUGGGCUCCCUGGCUUCAACAGUGGGGUGAUGCUGCUGAGCCUGGAGGCCAUGCGCCAGUCCCCGCUCUACAGCCGCCUGCUGGAGCCCGCGCACGUGCAGCAGCUGGCCAGCAAGUACCACUUCCGCGGCCACCUCGGGGACCAGGACUUCUUCACCAUGAUUGGCAUGGAGCACCCUGAGCUCUUCCACGUGCUGGACUGUACCUGGAACCGGCAGCUGUGCACCUGGUGGAGGGACCAUGGCUACAGUGACGUCUUUGACGCUUACUUCCGCUGCGAGGGCCACGUCAAGAUCUACCACGGGAACUGCAACACCCCCAUCCCGGACGACUAGGUGCAUUUGCACCGCCUGCUUCUGCUCUGGGGCAGGCCCCAGGGAAGUAUCACCCCCUGGAAAGACUCUGCAGAGACUCCUCCAGGAUCAUGGUACUGCAGAUCUGUCACCCAGCUGGUCACUGUCCUGAGGCCACCCAACGAAGACUGGCCUUUGCAUUGCUGGUGCUCAGGACCUUCUUCCUUUAGAGGACCAGGCAUCAAGAAGCAUGCACACAUAGACAUCUUCCUGUAGGCUGGGAACAGCAUAUGAAGAGAGGGAAGGAAAGAAAGUGGUGCCCAGGUCCUUAAGGAGCCAGAAUACUUUGAGAAACUGCCUUUCUUGGACCAAAUAUAAAUUUAAAUUGGCAGGCUUCUAUUUUAUGAGAAAGAAUAAACAGUACCACUGUGGUUCCCACUGAGCUCUGGAUGAAUGAGCCAGGGUUUUAACAAGCAGUCCAGAGCUGAAGCUUCCGGAGGAGGCCUGACCUUCCAUGUCCUGACCUCAGGAGCUGUGUGCUCCCUCAAGACACUCACGUGGCAUGGCACAGGCUGCAAGAUUGCCACCUCUCUGAGGAAGGCCUCCAGGGCCAGCUGGGGCCCAUAUAAAAGUUUCCUUGCUGUACCACUUAAAGCUUUAUCCCCCAAUAACAUCCCAGAAUUCCAUUAUCCCCUAUCCAUCCAAACCAACUCCAGGUGACCUGAUUGUACUAAGAAGUCAAAUCCACCAUCAAAGAACAGAGACUGGCCACCCCAAGGACAUGCAGUGCAAUCAUCAGGCCUGGGAAGACUCAUUCCAAAGAAUAGCCCAGCAGUUCCCAGGUGCACCUGAGUGGGCUCGGAAGGGGUGUUGCUCAUAGGCUUCUAAUUAUUCUAGUCUCUGUUUAAAAAAAAAAAAAAACAUCACUGUACUUUCCUGUCAUGCCACACCAGACCCUGUACCCGAGCAGACAUUACAGUGUGGUUGUCUUUCUUCUUGUGAGGGCUUCUCCUGUAGGCAAGCUGCAGACAUGAAGGCCCUGGGGUCCCAUUUUGUACUUGAGCUGAUGUCCUUGGGCAAGAAAUAUUGUAGGAUUUUCAUCUUAUUUUUAAUUUUGUUUACAUUUUAUUUUUUUCAUCAUGGAUGAGAAUAGCUAAUAAAUAAUCUUUGAGAA